AUUCUUUAAUCGAUGUAUUAAUUUUAACUACAUCUGGCCGCUAGGGACAUGGUUGGGAUCCACUAAACAACGUAACUAAACUACGUAGUUGCUUUUUCGUAAACUAUGAUAAAAUCGUUUUUUGCAUUAAUGACGUUAAGGCUGUAAUUACGCUAAUGAUUUAAGUUGACCGUUACGGUUUCUCCGAUAGUAAAGCCGCGCAUGUUGACAUCUCCUGAAAUUUAGACCAUCUCUGCUCAAACUGUAAACAACAGGAAGACAUUACCGGAAAUUAUAUAACAGAAAAUGAAAGAGUGUGAAUCGGCUCCGAAUUAUUUUUGCAAUUUAAAAAAAAGAGUAUACAAUGUAUCAGUAUUUAAAAAGCAUUAUGUGAGAAAGGGGAAAACAAAUCUGAGGAAAAUAAAUCACAGGAUGUCUCUGGGAGAACAGAUGAGAAACAACUGAUUGAUCAAAAUCACGCAAGCAUUGCAAAAUGUAUGUAAUACCAAGGAUACUAACAACCAUUGCUUUGUUUCACACGGGAUUGUGCAUGGAAAUACCUGCUCCUGUACAUCUGGUCCUGUCUUCACAAUAUUUUGUCCACUUGUUGUCCUGGAAAAUGGGGCCAGGCUCUCCUGACGGUGUCCACUAUACAGUCGGCGUGCAUGCGCUCAAUGGGGGAGACUUGGUGGUGAAGGAGUGUGAAAAGGUAACAUUCCCUCUGCAAUGCAAUCUCACAGAAGCAUUUUCUGAUAUGGAGGACACCUAUUACGUCCACGUGACUGCUGCUCUGGGCACUCACUCGACACCUUCUUUCUGCAACCCAUUCAAACCCAUUUAUAAUACCACCUAUGAACCUCCGCUGCUGACAGUAACUGCGUGUAAUCAGUCUCUCUGUAUAUAUCUCAGAGCACCUGCUGAGAACCUCCACCACGUCUACAAUUCAUUCAAGUCUUACUAUAGAUUGACAGUCAGCAGUGAAGAUAGAGCAGAGUUUUACGUGGAUACUGAAGGGUUAAAUAAUGUGACCCUCAAGGACCUGGCCCCUGGCCGAAGGUACUGUGUGAAUGUCAGCAUCACUGAUCACAGCCCACCCAACAGACCAGCAGUAUGUGCCUCCGUUCCCGAAAGAUCAAAUGUUUCAGAUGUCAUUAUCUCUGUUAUCCUGUGUCUGCUGAUGGUGCUGUUAGUGAUGUGCACACCAAGAUAUGUUUAUUGCCGUUUCUGUGUAAAAAGAGAUCUUCCUCCAGCUCUGAGUUCAUUUCAGAGUACAGAUAAAGUUAUUCUCGUCACUGCUGAUGAAUCUAUUAAUGAGGUCCAUGAGGAGAGCAGCGCCAUUGAAAAGAUAAAAACAAACAAAGAGGAAAAUAACCUGAAGGAAGAGACAGAGGAGGUUUUGAAACAUGAGACACUAAUGGCACACUAUCUGAACACUCGAGGUUCCCUGCUCUCUGUUUUUCCAACGUCAUUUAGCUCUGUUUUGCUUAUUAAUCAAACUCCAGAUACAAGCCUCGCACCUUCCACAGAUGCUCAGAGUGGUAGUCUGAUUGUGUUUGAAGGCAGUCAAAUCCAUACUGAACAAACAGCUUCGGCUAGGUUCCCUAAAGGAGUCAGCGCACUUCAGAAUUUCAGUUCUGUUUUCCCCACACACAUGGGCGAUGAAGACCAAGAGAGCAGUACAGAUGUUAACCUGUUUUCUGUGAUGUUAGGCGGAGUUUCUGAUAAAAACUGCAACACUGAGGAUGUGCAGGUAUCAUGUCCUCAGCAUCUGUUACAGACUUGUGCUACAUCUACCUGGAUUUGUGAUUCACAGUCCCAAAACCCUCAAAAGUCCGUUCAAAUUAACGUUUCAGAGGAAGAAGAUGAUGACGAUUCAGGGUACUUAAGUCGAAAUUAGAUUCCUCAAGAAAUUGUUGGGUCUGGAUGCCCCUUUACGGUUCUUUACCGCCGAAGUCACUCUUGUUAAAAUAAAGACACGACAAUUUGUUCAAUUUAAGAGCUUGCAAGUGGCGUCUUCAGUUGCAAGCGGGAGCAAACGGUCCAGUCUG